CCCGACACUUGUAACUUUAGGGACGAAAGUGACCAUUCACCCCAUUGAAAAGAGUGUUUUCCCAAUGAAGCACUACCAAAACCCAAUGGUGAGUGAGAGAAGGAAAGAGCAAGUGAUGAUGGGUUGGACUUGGACUUGGGUGCCAAACCAAAGACAACGGUUGAGAAGAUGGAAGAAAACUCGUGUAUUGUUCGCAGCAUUCCUCUGCUGCAUCUCCUUCUUUCUCUUCACUCCCAAAAUCCCACGUUCUCUCAACCACCAUCGAUUCGCAGACUUGCGCAAUCUUCUCGGAGUGCCCAACACUUUGAAUGUGAUCACAAAUUUCCCAUUUUUGGUUGUGGGUGUUCUCGGCCUUGUUCUCGCUCUGGAAGGAGGUGUUUUCAACAUAAGUUCUCAAGCAGAGGUAUGGGCUUGGGUGCUGUUCUAUGCUGGAAUUCUUGGGUAUGCUUUUGGCUCUACUUAUUACCAUUUGAAGCCCGACAACAAUCGUGUGUUGUGGGACAUGUUACCGAUGAUGGUGGCAUACUCCUCACUUUUCUCUAGUUUGGUUGUUGAGAGAAUCGGCAAGUGCAUUGGGUUGUGUUGUAUGUGUGCACUCCUUUUGUCUGCCUUUAUUUGUGUAAUUUAUGAACGACUUUGCGAUGAUAUUCGGCUCUGCCUGAUGUUCCAGUUUAUUCUUCCUCUAGCUAUUGCAGCAGUAUCAUUAGUGUAUCGCUCCAACUAUACUGACUCAAGAUAUUGGCUUUCAUCAAUAGUUCAUGUCACAGGGAUUUAUCUGCUAGGGAAAUUUGUAGCUGUUGUGGACAGGAAACUGUACCGUGUAAAUAACUACGUUAUCAGUGGGCAUUCUUUGGAACACUUGUGCUUAGCACUGAUCCCAUUUUUACUUGGUGUUAUGCUUAUCUACAGAGAACCAAAGCUUCAAAGAUUAGGAGAUUCUAAAGAUCGGCCACGGAGAGGUGGAGAAAAGAAUUGACAAAUGUGCUUAUGUGCAAAUGCUCCUGGAUGCCUGAGACAUUGCUGUAAAAAUUUUACGGUAAAAUCAACUGAGUGAAUGAAAACAACGCCCAAUGGGGUCAAAUUUGAUGGAAUUCUCUUCCAUAACUUGUUGAUGUAGCAAGUUUGGCUGUCUACUGGGGUCAAAUUUCCUCUAAUUUUUGCAUAGAUUGCUGGUUUAUGACAGGGGGAGGGGGUAAAGUUUCUGCAUAAGGACCAUAGGCCUCUUAAAGAAGAGAAAGGAGGUAGAGAUAAAAAAGAAAAAUAGAACUUUCUCUCAGUUGUGCUAUUUCACCCUCCAAAGACCAUUCAGUGUAUAAUAGAAAACAACCCACAUUUCAGGCUAAGCAUAAGCACGAUUGAUGCUCUUAGGAGAAAGACAAGAAAAGAUUGACUUGAAUUUUUUUUAUUUUAUUUUCCUAUGUACUUGAUCAUUUACUUGUGAAUCAUGGGCCCUAAAGUGUCACAGAAUAUAGACAUUUGUAUUUACUAUUGACAUUUUCUUUACUACUUUUCAAAUUUGACUCAAACUAGUAUUUGUUGAAUGUGGGAAUAACUAACAUC